AUGACGAAAACUGUCACGAUUGUUGCCACGACUCUUGCCAUCAUAACUGUCAUUGUUGGGUGCUUUCUCACACUGGCGAAAGAUGUCCCUCUUGGCAGAAUAUUUCUCAUUGUCGGGUGCUUUCUCAGGCUGGCGAAAGAUGUCCUACCGAUGAUAUGCGACCUUGUGCUACUUUGGCAAAGACACCACUACCGAAAAGAGCGGGAGCAGCGGUCUGAACGCACUGGUCUCCGCAAUCAUGUCAAAUCGUGGGUCACUGAUGUGUUCUUCUGGAGAGGUGGCCGGCGAAACGUGGCUCAGGCUGACACUGUUGGUGCUGGUGGCAUGAGAAACGAGGAGAACCCGCAACCAUCCGCGCGUGAAGAGGUCGAUCCAUGGCUUCAUGACAGUCCCGUGACUUUGCAGUUGCCUGAGCCGGCUAGAGUCAAUUGGAAGCUCCCACUCCACGAGGUUGGUCUCAUCUUCACUGCUCUCUUCGACGAUUCUGACGAUUCUGACGAUUCCGACGAUUCCGACGAUUCCGAUUCGUAG